UCCAAUUCAACAUAAGAACAUCCCUCCAAUUCAUGUCUCACCCAAAGCAAUUCUGUAUGGUUAUGAAAAUCAACGUCGAUUGCAAUGCUUGUUGUCGAAAACUUCGAAGGAUUAUCUUGAAAAUGAAAGCGAUCGAGAAGCAUUUGAUAGAGAAGGAGAGUCACAGACUGAUCGUGUUUGGCAGAUUCAGGCCGUCCGACAUUGCCAUUAAGAUCCGGAGGAAGAUGAAUCGAAGAGUCGAGAUUCUCGACGUCGAAGAAAUGGAAGAACCCGAACCCGUUGCCGAUCAAAACCCACCGCCGGAGCAAGCUCAAGUAGUCCCCGGAACCAUUGCCGACCACAAUCCCAACCCCAUGUUUCCUUCUUUGGAGCAUGAUGAUUGGAGGCCGCCCGUGUUUCCCUCUCUUGCCGCCCACCAAUACCGUUCUUUUUCAUCUUCUCGUCCUGAUUUCGCCGUAGCUUGCUUGCCGGAGCCGGACAUGGAGGAACGCUUCUGGCAUUAUGGUCAUGACUAUGAAGUUGUUGGAGAUCGAGAUCACACCUUCUCUUGUCACGAUUACUACCAUUACUAGCUAGUUUGUCUCCUUUUUUUAGAGUUCUAUUAUACGUAAUAUUAAUUAAAAUCAUUAAUUUAUUCCUAUGAAAAUUAUAUGAAAUAUAAUUACAUUAGCACGAGCAUUAGAAU